GCCAGCACCCUACCACAAUCAUACAGCAAGACAAAAUCACAGCCGUCUGAACUGCCAGAUCAUGCAGCUACGUUAGCCCAACGUGUUCCGCCACCUUUUAGUUUUGAGAAACCGAUGCCUGAUAAAGCGGGAAGAACCGCCUCUAUUUCUAGUAAAACAGAAAAAUAACUGACACCACCACCACUUCCGUUUUCAUCUCACCAUCGCGCCGCCGCCAAAAAUCUCCCGCCACCGUCUCAGACAGUCACCGGAACGGCCGUGACGCGUCUCAAACCCUUCGCUACGACGGUUUACUCCGAAGAAAUCCGACUAAUUUAAUUACUUUAGGAAAUAUUAACGCACUUGUAAACUUAGAAUAUAAUUUAGGUUUGAAGUUAAUUUGAUCGGAUUAAUUCACGUGUUUGUUGUAAUUUUUUGGUAGUGUCUUUUCUUUUUUCGUGUGUUUGCUUUAAUUUGAUUUAUCUAGUUUUCCCUCUGUUAUUCGGUGAGUGUACGUGAGAGUAGAGUAGAAAUGGAGUCGAAGCAUAUGUUGAUGUCGGCGUUGGGAGUGGGGAUAGGAGUCGGAGUGGGGUUCGGAUUGGCGUCGGGAUCGCAGGCUGUGAGCAAAUGGGCAGGCGGCGAUGCCGUGGUCGGCGUCACUCCGUAUACAAUGGAGUUGGAGAUGUUGAGUCUCCUUUCUAAUGGAAGGGAUAGCAGUGUCACCUUCGAAAAAUUUCCCUACUAUCUAAGUGAGCAAACAAGGGUCUUGUUAACCAGCGCAGCUUUUGUUCACUUGAAAGAAGGCGAUUUCAGUAAGCACAUACGAAACCUUGCUCCAGCAAGCCGUACGAUUUUGCUCUCUGGACCUGCUGAGCUGUAUCAGCAAAUGCUAGCUAGGGCAUUAGCACACUAUUUUGAAGCGAAGCUGCUGUUAUUAGAUGUCACUGAUUUUUCUCUGAAGAUGCUUAGCAAGUAUGGAGGUCUUAAUGCAGGAUCUUCUUUUAAGAGGUCUGUAUCUGAAACAACUCUAAGUCGAAUGUCUGAUUUCAUUGGAUCACUAUCGUUACUUCAACAAAAGGAGGUCAAUACUGGUAAGACAGGUGGACUACGAAGGCAAAGCAGCGGAGUUGAUCUGAAAUCAAAAUGCAGUACACAAGAAAGCCAUAAUCCUGCAAAGUUGCGUAGAAAUGCAUCUGCCGCAGCGAACAUCGAUUGCCUUGGUUCAACUAGUUCACCUUCAAAACCAGCUCCCCUCAUGCGCACAAGCAGCUGGUGUUUUGAUGAGAAGCUUUUCAUACAGACACUUUACAGGGUUCUUGUCAAAACAUCAAAAGUGUGUCCUGUUGUUCUUUAUCUUCGGGACGUCGAGAGAAUCCUCUGCAGAUCACAGAGAUCAUAUGUCUUGUUUCAGAAAAUGUUGAAGCAGCUGUCUGGAUCCAUAUUGAUCCUUGGAUCAAGAAUUAUCAACCCUGAGAAUGAUUACCGAGCAAUUGAUGAGAAAAUUUCUUCUGUAUUUCCUUACAACAUCGAAAUAAAACCCCCAGAAGAUAAGAAUCAUCUAGUAAGCUGGCAAUCACAGCUGGAGGAAGAUAUGAGGAUGAUCCAAUUCAAGGAUAAUAGAAAUCAUAUAAUAGAGGUACUUGCUGCUAAUGAUAUUGACUGCGAUGAUUUGGACUCAAUCUGUAUGGCAGACACCAUGGUUCUUGGCAGCUAUAUAGAAGAGAUUGUGGUGUCAGCCAUCUCAUACCAUCUGAUGAAUACAAACGAACCCGAAUACAGAAAUGGGAAACUUGUCAUAUCUUCGAAGAGUCUGUCUCAUGGGUUGAGUAUAUUUCAGAAGGGAAAAUCUGCUGGAAUGAAUGUCUCAAAGUUUGAACCACAAGCUGAGAUUCCUAAGGUUGAACCACAAGCAGAGGUGCCUAAGGCUGAGGCUAAAAUUGAACCGAAGGCUGAAUCUGCAGUACCUGAAAAGAAGAGUGAAGAUCCACCAGUUCCGAAAACUCCAGAAGUCAUUCCAGACAAUGAAUUCGAAAAGCGCAUACGACCAGAAGUCAUACCUGCCAGUGAAAUUGGCGUGACAUUCGCAGACAUCGGUGCCUUGGAUGAGAUUAAGGACUCACUGCAGGAACUAGUGAUGCUUCCUCUAAGAAGACCAGACCUUUUCGAAGGUGGUCUUUUAAAGCCUUGUCGGGGAAUACUGCUUUUUGGGCCUCCUGGUACCGGGAAAACCAUGCUGGCGAAGGCUAUUGCUAAUGAAGCUGGAGCAAGCUUCAUUAACGUUUCAAUGUCAACUAUCACUUCCAAGUGGUUCGGUGAAGAUGAAAAGAAUGUCCGAGCCUUGUUCACCCUCGCGGCCAAGGUCUCACCUACUAUUAUUUUUGUAGAUGAAGUUGACAGCAUGCUUGGCCAGAGGAAUAGGGCUGGAGAGCAUGAAGCCAUGCGAAAGAUAAAAAAUGAGUUCAUGACUCAUUGGGAUGGAUUGUUAACAAAAACUGGUGAAAGAAUACUGGUUCUUGCUGCAACCAAUAGGCCAUUUGAUCUUGAUGAAGCAAUCAUCAGACGUUUCGAGAGAAGGAUCAUGGUUGGUUUACCAGCUGUGGAGAACAGAGAGAAGAUCUUGAGGACAUUAUUGUCCAAGGAGAAAGUUGAUGAAGAUCUAGAUUUUCUAGAGCUUGCGACAAUGACGGAAGGAUACAGUGGGAGUGACCUAAAGAAUUUGUGCAUAACUGCUGCUUACCGACCAGUGAGAGAGUUAAUUAAGCAGGAGAGGCUAAAAGAUCAGCAAAAGAAGCAGAAGUCUGAGGAAGGAGCCAAUACAGCUACAGAUGAUAAGAAGGAAAGGGUUAUCACGAUCAGGCCGUUGAAUAUGGAAGAUUUUAGAGAAGCUAAAAAUCAGGUGGCAGCUAGCUUUGCAGCUGAAGGGUCCGUAAUGGCGGAGUUGAAGCAAUGGAAUGAAGCGUAUGGUGAAGGUGGCUCAAGGAAGAAGGAACAGUUGUCUUACUUCUUGUAGACUGAGAUCAUGUAUUUCACAUAGAAACCAAUCUAAAUAAGUUGAAGGAGCUUUGAAAAUGUGUUGUAACGGGCUGCAGCCAGUAUGUUGAUGAUUUGAUUAAUGUUGUAUUUUGUUUGUAACUAGUACAUUCAUUCGUGCGAUGCACGACGAAAUUAAAAUUAA